CCACAUACAAGGGACGAGCUUGGAGAUCCAGAGCCUGUUCCCGGUGGCCAAGAUCUCGUUCCCCACCGAGAUCCGGUUAAUCUUGGUCUCCUGAUAAUACGGCUGCACGUUGGCGGCCACCCACUGGGCGGCGGCCCUGGCGUCCGCGAGAGCAGGGAUGUCGCCGUUGCCGACGGUUAUCGUGACCGUGACGUUGGUGUUGGCGAAGGCGUGUAUGAUGUCGGGAAUGACAUCGAAUAUCUUGACGCUGUCGAUGAUGGUCUGCGUCGUUAUGAACUGCGCCACCUGGGACGGCCGCGGGAGGUUGUUGGCUAUUGUUCCGUAGUUGACCCCGAUGGCGGAGGCGCCGGUGGAGAGGUAGAUGGCCACGGCGGAAACGAGGAGGAGGUAGAGCGGAGCCGUCGUCAUCGUGACGGCUGCCGGCGGCGUGGGAAUGUGAGGAGUUUGGUUCAA